ACGCAUAUCGUCAUAGCUGUCUGCAUUCAUCAUGUCCUCCUCUUCUUCUUCCCCCGAGAUUGACUACCUCAAAACGCUGGUCUCCCAGCUCAACGAGAAGAUCACCCAUCUCGAACAAUCCGCCAGUCAGCAGAUCCAGCAACACAUCGUCCAGCCCGCCAGGGACGCUCUGGGCGCUGCCAAGCAGGCCGUCGGGGAGAAGGAUGCUACCGAGGGCAAGAGGUUGAUCUUGAUCGGACCUCCCGGUGCCGGCAAAGGAACCCAAGCCCCCAACCUCCAAAAAAAGUACUGCGUCUGCCACCUCGCAACCGGUGACAUGCUCCGAUCACAAGUCGCCGCCCAGACCCAGCUGGGUAAGGAGGCUAAAAAGAUUAUGGAUGCCGGCGGGUUGGUCAGUGAUGAGAUCAUGAUCGGCAUGAUUCGGGAUCAGUUGAAGACGAAUGCCGAGUGUAAGAAUGGUUUCAUCCUAGACGGUUUCCCCCGGACCGUCGUCCAAGCCGAAAAGCUCGACCACAUGCUCUCCGCCGACAACCAAAAGCUGGACAAGGCGCUCGAGUUGAAGGUCCCCGACGGCUUGUUGAUCUCGAGGAUCACUGGACGGUUGAUCCACCCGGGUAGUGGGAGGAGUUAUCAUCGGGAAUUCAACCCGCCCAAGAAGGACAUGACCGACGACCUGACCGGCGAGCCCCUCAUCCAGCGAUCAGACGACAACGUCGAGACGCUUCGAAAGAGGUUGACCACUUACCACCAGCAAACCGGCCCCGUCGUAGAUUACUACCGCAAGACCGGCAUCUGGGCUGGGAUCGAUGCCGCCCAGUCCCCCGCGCUGGUGAUGAAGUCCAUCUCGGCCAUGUUGGACGGCAAAAAGUGAAAAGUAGACGAAGCAUUCGAAGAAGAAGAGAAGCGAGAAGGAAAAAAGAAAAGGUUGUAGCGACUUAGGCGGGGUCGGACGGGACAGGGAAUUUAGAUGAAAAUUCGGAACAUGAACUGGAAUUGCAGAAUGCGCGAGUCUGACAGUCUGGAUGUGGCCCUUCGAGUUGGGACUACUCACCGCCUGGCCUGUCCGAUAAGCUUGAUGAGCGAUCGGUGCGAUACCACGACCGCACACUGGUUGAUUAAAAUUCGACAUCGGAGCUGAUGAGACACCACGAAUGGAGCCUUAUACUGGGCGCACCGUAGUGGAGAUCGGAAAUCCAAAGGUUCCGGCGAUAAAGAGGCGUUUCAUAUCGGUAACAGCGGCUGCCAUCUCGAUCUGCC